AUGAGCCGCUGCUGGGACGCGGCGCGGAGCUUCCUGCAGCAUCUGGAGGCGCUGGGCGGCCGGGAGGGGGAGAUCCUUGCGGCGAGUUCAGCGUGAGUGGGCGAGUGUGCACAGCUGAGCGGUGCACAUGCUGUGUUCUCCACCGAGGCCGGCAGUGGGCCGGAGAACGUGAGGAAGAACCACUACCAAGAUAUACUGCCGUAUGAUCAGACAUGAGUGAUCCUCUCCCUACUCCAGGAGGAGGGUCACGGCAACUACAUCAAUGGCAACUUCAUCCGGGGUGAAGACGAAAGCCAGGCCUACAUAGCCACACAAGGACCCCUGCUUCACACCCUGCUAGACUUCUGGUGCCUGAUCUGGAAGUUUGGGAUCAAGGUGAUCCUGAUGGCAUGUGGAGAGAUAGAAAAUGGACGGAAAAAAUGUGAGUGUUACUGGGCCCAAGAGCAGGAACCACUGCAAAUUGGGCCUUCCUGCAUCACCCUGACAAAGGAGACGUGGCUGAAUGCAGACAUCAUGCUCAGAACCCUCCAGGUCACAUUCCAGAAAGAAUACUGUUCUGUGCACCAGCUGCAGUAUAUGUCCUGGCCAGACCAUGGGGUCCCCAGCAAUCCUGACCACAAGCUCAUCAUGGUGGAGGAAGCCCAUCACCUCCAGGGAUCUGGCCCCAGUCCCCUCUGUGUCCACUGCAGCGCCGGCUAUGGGUGAACAGGUGUCCUGUGCACUGUAGAUUAUGUGAGGCAGUUGCUCCUGACCCAGAGGAUCCCACCUAACUUCAGCUUCUUUAACAUGGUGCUCCAGAUGCGGAAGCAGCGGCCUGCGGCUGUGCAGACAGAGGAGCAGCACAGGUUCUUGUACCACACGGUGGCUCAGAUGUUCUGCUCAGCGUUCCAGAACACCAGUCCCCACUACCAGAACCUCAAGGAGAAUCGUGCCCUACUCUACUAUGAUGCCCUGUCCCUCCGGACUUCCCUGGUCCUUCUUGCCUGACCCCGCCCACCAGGCGGGGUCCCCAGGAGCAUCUCGGUGCCCGAGGCCCCGGCCCUCGCCAUGGCCGACACGUACGCGGUGGUGCAGAAGCGCGGGCCCCCCGCGGGUGCCGGGCCGGGGGCGCGGGCGCGCAGCACGGAGGAGGCGCCCAUCUACAGCCAGGUGGCGCCGCGCGCCCGGCGGCCCGGGGCGCAAGCGGAGGACGCGCGGGGGGCGUCGUCUGGCCGCGUUCCUGCUGACCAAAGCUCUGAUGGGCCUGACGCCUAUGAGGACGUGGCGGAUGGAGCUCAGACCAGUGGGCUAGGCUUUAACCUGCGCAUUGGAAAGCCAAAAGGGCCUCGGGAUCCCCCUGCCGAGUGGACCCAGGUGUGAGUGCUGCACCCACGCCUGCCUGUUGCUCCACAUAGGUGCUUGGACUGCUGACGACCGUCGCUGUGCUGUGCGAUGUGUUGGGAAUGGGGACACUGGGCCUGAAUCAAAAUAAAACUUUCUCAGGGUGGGAAAUGUGGGGGGUUUGCCCUAGUGAUUAUAGUAUUCAGGACUUGAGGCUCAGGGAGGUAUGUGGGAGACUAAUGGCUGGUGAGUCAACACUGAGCAGAUUCAAGAAAGAACAUCUGGAAUCCCAAAGUUGUUACGGGGAGAAUGGACAGAUCGGCUUCAAGAGAUUGCCACCUCACCACAUAAUGGACUGGUCCAUCCUUGGUAUCUGAGCCUCCCUCACUCAGACGCUCCGGUGACCACACAGAGAGAUGUGUGGUCCCCGAGAAAGGCUGCUGGACCCCUAGUCAUUCAGCCAGACCCCAAGACAGCCAGACCUUCAGAGGGACAGUCUGUGGCUGAAUGGAUGUACCACCAGCCAGGAAGAUAGACCAACCAACAGCUGGACAGACCAGUCUCAGCCAGAGAGACCACUAAACAAACAGAGACCCCCAAAGACAGACCCCUCCACCAGGUAGACAGCCAGAGGGACUCCUAGCUGGAUAGACUCCCAGACAGAUACAAACAGAUCCCCAGCUGGACAGAUACUCAGACAUCUCCUCAGUUAAACAGACCACCACCUCUCCAGCUACACAGAUCCCACACUGACACCCUUCCAGCCAGCCAGACUCCCAACUAGCUAGAUGGACUCCCAGACAGACAGCCACACAAACAGAAACCCUGACUGUACAGACAUCCUAGCCAGCCUGCGAGACUCCCAACUAGCCAGACAGGUGGGUCCCCAGAGAGGCAGACAGUGCCCACCAGCUAUGCAGAACCCACAUUUUGUCAGAAAAAUUGAUGCAUCUCUGCUGGGCAGACAGCUGGGUGGACCACCAGGCAGUCAACUGGAUAGACAAGCAGACAGACCUUCAGAUUGAUAAGCAUCCUGAGUUGGACAGAUCCUCUAUUUUCCAGAUCAUCUCCCAGCUGGGCAGACAUUGCCGAUCAGCAGAUUCUUCAGACAGACAGAGUACCUGCUAGCAGAUAGAUGGACCCCCAGCUCGUUACAUAGAUGGGUCCCCUAUUGGAUGGAUAGACCCUUAGACAGGUAGACUCCCAGCCAGACAAUGAGAUACUCCCCUCAGAGAGAUAGAUGGAUGCCAAUCUGAUUGACCAGCUAGAUCCCAAGCUGGAUGGACAGACAGACCCCCCAGCUGGACAGACCACCCCCAGCUAGAUGGACGGUGGACCCCUAUCUGGACUGCAGCUGGUCAAAUGAUCUCCCAGAUGGGCAGACAAGCCCUGUCCCCAACAAGUAGAUACACCUCUCCAGCAGUUCAGACAGAUGGACCCCCAACAAAUCAGACCCUAUCUAGACAGACCCAAGAUAGACCCCCGACCAGACUGACCCCUAGCUGUUCACACAAAUCCCUGGCCAGACAGAUUCCCAGCCUUUGAGCUGGACAGACAGACAAAGCACUUGUUGGCAGAUCUGUAGCCAGCAACACAGAUUUCUAGCCUGACAGGCCAGCUACCAGCCAGACAGGCUGGUGAACCUCCAAGUAGAUAGAGUUAGCUGGAAAAAUGGACUCCAGACAGAUCGACUCCUUGCUUGACAACAUCCUCAGAGCCUGGCUGGACAGACAUGUAGUCUCCCAGCCAGAAAUACAACAGUCAGACAGACCCCCAGCUAGACAGAUAGAUACUCAGUGAUGGAGUUUGGAUGUGUUGUCCCCUCCAAAACUCAUGUGGAAAUUUGAUCUCAAAUGUGGCAGUGUUGGAAACUGAUCGAGUCAUGGGAGUGGAUCCCUCAUGAAUGGAUUAAUGCUCUCCCUGGGGGAGGGAGGAUUAGUGAGUGAGUUCUUGCUCUAUUAGUUGCCGUGAGAACUCGUUGCUUAAAAAAAGACACUGGCACCUUCUCCCUCUCUCUUGCUUCCUCUCGCCAUGUGAUCUGCUUGUACCCGCCGGCUGCUGACACUUUCUGCCAUGAGUAGAAGCAGCCUGAGGCCUGUGCCAGAUGCAACCGUCCCAGAAUCGUAAGCCAAAUAAACCUCUUUUCCUUAUAAAUUA